CUUCAUUCUACCUUUUUUUUUGGAUAUCUAUUUCAGUGCUCUUUCGUUACGCUCACCAAUUUCCAUUGAAUUGAUACAUAAUAAAACAGCCAUUCCUUUCUACCUUUUAAUUUCUAAAUUUUUUUUUUUUUUUUUUAUUGCAGAGGAAGUUUAUUCCAGUUAUUUACGUUAACACUUUCUUGCAACUUUUAGUUCUUACUGUUGAAGAAGCAUCAUGGGAAAAAUCUUAUUAAUUGUAAUGCUCGUCUUUGUGUCGAUGGCCGGCUGGAUGAACGGCGCCGACACUGGAUCAAUUUCUGGUAUUACUCACAUGCGUGAUUUUCAAUCGAAAUUUGCGGAUCGGUAUGAUCAAAAAACAAAUACUUAUUCUUACUCGUCUGCUCGUCAAAGUCUCAUUACCGGUAUGAUUAAUGUUGGCUCGUUUACGGGUUGCUAUCUGUCUGCUCCAUUGGCUGAGGCAGUUGGAAAACGGAUUUCAAUUUUUGUUUGGUGCAUAGUUUACAUUACAGGUGUUAUUGUACAGAUGACUGCUUCUCCCUCGUGGAUUCAAAUCGUCAUUGCAAAAGUUUGGACGGGAUUUGCGGUCGGCGCUACGUCGGUAAUUGCUCCGGGCUACCAAUCUGAAGUUGCUCCAGCUUCAUUGCGUGGAGCUAUUGUUACAACUUAUCAGUUGUUUAUUACAGCCGGGAUUUUCGUCGCUGCUUGUAUAAACAUGGGUACUCACAAGUACACGCAUUACAAGUCAGCUUCGUGGAGAGUAUCGAUGGGAAUGAAUCUGUUAUGGGGAUUCAUCACUUUGGUUGGGAUCACUUUUCUUCCAGAGUCUCCUCGCUAUUUGAUAGCCAUUGGUAAGGAUGAAGAGGCCUUAGAAAUCAUGAGUAAAAAUAAUGAUAUUCCAAAAGAACAUAAAUCAAUUCAAGAUGAAUAUCAUCUAAUUAAAGCUGAUUGCGAAAUAGAAUUGGCUGGUGGUCCAGCAAAAUGGUAUGAAAUCUUUGGAAAAGAAAUUCGUUUCCGUACUUUACUUGGAUUUGCUGUCAUGUCGUUUCAGCAACUUACAGGUGCCAACUAUUAUUUUUAUUAUUGUACACAAGUUUUCAAGAAUAGUGGUAUAAGUUCACCUUAUGCUGCUGCUUGUAUCUUGGAUGGUGUCAAUGUCUUUUGUACCGUUUUUGCGAUGUUUGUGCUUGAACAAUUUGGACGUCGCAUGCCUUUAAUUGUGGGAGGUAUUUGGCAAUCUAUUUGCUUUUUUAUUUAUUCCGCAGUCGGUGAUAAAGCUUUGUAUCGCAAUGAUGGUAGUUCCAACCAACAGGCAGGUGCUGUUUUGAUCGCAUUUUCUUGCUUUUUUGUUGCCAGUUUUGCUGUAACGUGGGCUCCAGCAGCAUAUGUUAUUGUUGGCGAAUCUUAUCCUGUAAGAUAUCGCUCCAAGUGUGCUGCACUUGCUACUUCAGGUAAUUGGCUUUUUGACUUUGUAGUCUCAUUUUUCACUCCAUUCAUUACAAACAUCAUUGGAUUUAAGUACGGGUAUGUAUUUGCUGUUUGUAAUUUAAUUGGAUCCGUUAUAAUAUUUUUGUUUGCUCAUGAGACGAAAGGUCUGACUUUAGAAGAAGUCAAUCAAGUUUACUUUUCAAAUUUGAAGCCAUGGCAACGUAAUCCCAGGAAAUACAACAGCGACUAUUCACGUAGUCAGGAAGAAACGAUUGAGAAAGAAAAGUUUGGAGCAUAUGGGGAAUCUUUCGACCAUGUUGAAAAUACUCCUAAUAAUUCUUCCCCGACGGAGACCUCUUCUCUAUCCCAAAAGAAAACCUAGGCUUAUCAUAUUUUCAAAUCAUCCAAGAAAAUACUAAAUACUAAAUAAAAAAUAAAAAAUAAAACACAAAAAAAACAGAACUUUUUCUGACAAUCAAAUUACAGCUUUAUUUUUAUUUUUUACCUUUAACAAACAAUCUUUUUGAAGCAUAUACGAUACGAUUUCUAGCAUGGUUAUGAUCAUAAUGAUAAAUACUUAAUCAAAACUCAGUUCUUUUUUCUAAACAAUUUUACCAG